AUGUCAAAUGACGGUUUGAAGAAGACAAUAGCAGCUAUACCUCUUCUCAAAACAAGGGCUGGUCCACGCGACGGAGAUGACUGGAUCACGCGUUUAAAAGAAGAAUACACCUCAUUAAUAAAAUAUGUGGAGCAUAAUAAAGAAAAUGACAAUCAUUGGUUUCAGAUUGAGUCCAAUGCGAAUGGGACGCGGUGGUCAGGAAAGUGUUGGUACAUUCAUGAAAUGCGAAAGUAUGAAUUCGAUGUUUGUUUUGAUAUCCCAGUUUCUUAUCCUGCAUCCAGUCCAGAGAUAAUGUUACCAGAACUAGAUGGAAAAACUGCAAAGAUGUAUCGUGGUGGAAAGAUCUGUCUUACAGAUCAUUUCAAGCCUCUGUGGAGUCGAAACGUUCCAAAAUUUGGA